AGGCAUCCUUCCAGACCUGGUGUUUGGACUUUUGCUUAAGUGACGGGACCGGUGGUGUAAUUUGAGAGCAGAGAGAGAGAGAGAGAGAGAGAGAGACAGAUCCUAGGGCCAAAAGCCAAGCUCCCGCGCGUUACCACCAAUCCAGAUGUAGAAAGAAAGAGUAGCACGAAGCGGCUGCUGCAGGAGCAGCAGCUUCAGACAGGUCUAGCUAAAAUCUGGACGCGGCUGUUUCGCUCUCCCUUGCUUUUGCUUGGAAGAUUGUGGAGAGAAGAGGAAAAACGUGGUGUAGGUGGAUGGGCAAGUCGAAAGGGGGGGAAUUAGAAGAAAUUCCACAUUAGAGCGUGCGUGCGUGCGUGUUGUGUUCGCUUUGUUUUUCCCCGGCAAAAGGGUGAUUUCGCUCGUGAACUGGGUGCAAGAAAGAUCUCUCUGGGGAAGGGAGGUACUCGAUUGCAGAAAGCCUGGGAGCUAAGGGAGCGCCUCCCAGCGAGCCCCAAUGAAGCCCCGUGAGAAGCGCGACUGCGGCCAGAGGACUUGAUCGCCCGCUGCUCAGUGGCAUCUGACUCUGCCCGCUGCUUAAGGACCCGCCGUCGGGCAGCCUCCCCCCUCUCCUCCCCCAGGAUGCUGCUGGGGCUGCGCUCGGUGUGGCUGCUGAGCUGCCUGGCCAGCCUGAGCCGUGGGUAUUUCGACGGGCCGCUCUACCCGGAGAUGUCCAACGGGACGCUGCACCACUACUUCGUGCCAGACGGAGACUACGAGGAGAACGACGACCCGGAGAAGUGCCAGCUGCUCUUCAGGGUGAGCGACCGGCUGCGCUGCUCGGAGCGCGGGGAGGCGCAGCCGCGGCCGCACCACCAGGCGGCGGCGCCCAGCCUGACGCUGCGCGAGGAGUUCACCGUCCUGGGCCGGCAGGUGGAGGACGCGGCGCGGGUGCUGGAAGGCAUCCGCAAGAGCAUCUCCUACGACCUGGACGGCGAGGAGAGCUACGGCAAGUACCUGCGCAGGGAGUCCACGCAGAUCGGCGACGCCUACGCCAACUCGGACAAGUCGCUGGGCGAGCUGGAGAACAAGUUCCGGCAGGGCCAGGAGCACGAGAGCCGCGAGGAAAGCCGCCUCAACGACGACUUCCUGGCCAUGCUCGUGCACGCUCGCGCCCUCCUCAAGGAGACCCUGGCCGUCUCGGCGGGUCUCAGGGACAAGUACGAGCUGCUCGCGCUCACCGUCCGGAGCCACGGCACGCGCCUCAGCCGCCUCAAGACCGAGUACCUCAAAGGCUGAACAGCAGGAGCGGGAGCAGCGCCGCCGCCGCCGCUUCCCGCUGGGACCUCCCGCCCAUCCCCGAGCACAAGCUGUGCUGCUUGCCUUCCUUUCCCUCCCCGCCGCAGCCGCCACGUGGAGGGAGCCCGUUGUCCAUGCUUUGGGUGGCCCAUCGCCCCUUCUCCAGAGUUCUUGUUCUUGCUCUUGUCAUGACUCCUUAAUUGUGAUUAUUAGGCAUGUAAUCAUCCGUGGGUAGCAGUGCCCUUUGAAAAUGUAAAGUACUUGUGCAAAGUAAUGGCCCUACGGCAAGGCAGGGCGAGGGGCUGCCUCGCUUCAGGCGCCGGGGGUGGAGGAGGACUAGUGAAAGGACAACCAAGGGUCAGUUUAGUUUUAAAUGUUUGCCGCCGCGGAAGGCAUAGUUUCUGCCUCAGACACUACAAUGUGCCGGAACAUCUCUAGUCUUUGUUGUAAGGGCUGUUUUUUAAAAAAAAAACACCAAACUGGUUCCUGAGGUUUUAUCAGCUCAAUGGAAAUUCUCUCUCUCUCUCUCUCUCUCUCUCUGCCAACAAGACUGCACUUGUUGGAUUUCUGUCUGCCUGUCACCAGAGGCUCUCUUACCCAUGGACUUCGGGGACUUCACACCCCGUGGGGGCCUCCAAAUCCUUUUUAGUCUGUUCUGGGUGGUGUGGUAAUGUUAAAAAUGUGUUUAAAAUACUGUUUGUGUGGGUGGGGGACUCUCCAAAAGCCUUUAGGUCCAGGCUCCAAAAUUACCUAGGUGCACUUCUGACUGUCACACAGCCAAUAAAGAUACAGGAGCUCUGUCAGAGGGGGGAAAAAUGGUAGUGAACCUGACUUUAAGUCUCUUCUUCACAAAAAGCCUGGGAGGCAGGUCAUUUUUAUAUCUGUUUUCUAGAGGGGUAUUUGGAGGUUGAGUGACUGGCCAGCAGCUUUUGAAGUUUGUCUUGCAACCCGCACAACCAAGUGCAGCUCAGUUGUGGAUAACUAAAAUGUAGUGUCUCAGCUUUCAAAAAUGCCUUUUUAUUAAGUAUGAUUUUUGAUAUAAUAUACGUUUUGCAUUUUUUUCAUGUGCAAGAGCUUUGCAAUCCCGCAGAAUUAGAAGAACACUUAAACCCAUUGAUUUUCACUGGUUUGUGGUCAAUGUGUUAAACCUCUCAAUAAUCCAGGGAAAUAAGUCACUGAGACCAAGAGUUACUUAGGAGCAGCUUUUGGACACUGCACGUCAUUUCUGCCUCAUUGCAGCCUUGUGGAGCCUCUUUGAAUAUAUCUUAGAUGAUCUCAAGUGUUCUAAAAUUAUUCUAAUUAUUAAUAAUAUUUGAUAUACUUCUAAUGUGCAAAGAUGUUUAUGGGUUUUAUUUUGUCCAUUUUAACAACAAAUUUGUGAGGUAGGCCACUGUUUGCUCCAUUUUAUAGCUGAGGAGCUAAGAAUGAGUGAAUUGUUCAAGGCAGUAAAUCAAUGCUAAUCUAAGCCUUAAUACUCUGUAUUGUAUAGAGUGUUGUAAAAGAUAAAAAUAAGAAUGUAUCUUAUUUUCUCUGUGGGACUGUGAUGAAGAUGAAUUAAUUGCUGCUUAACGCCUUUUACCACCCUACCAGACUCAAAAUGACAAUGAUUAAAGAGUAGUGUAGUUCUGCCCCUUUGAUAUCCACUGAUGAUUGACUCAGAAAUUUGUAUCCAGAUCAGUGAUUGUGAGACUAUAAUUAAGGAAUAGUAGUUACUUCAGGUUAAUCAUUCAGGAGUUAUAUUGUCUAUAUGAGGCCUCAGAUAGCCUCCUUUCUGCUUCCUCAGCUUUUAAAUAAUUUCCCAAGUUCAUGGUCACCCGUUUAAAAAAAAAAAAAAAGUAAUCAGCCAUAUUUAAAAUGCAUGCCAUUUUUGGAGUGUGGACUUCUUGCAGCAAUGACUUUGUAAUUCUUCCACCUCCAAUCAGUGCAGAACACACACAGCUGUGUGCUUAAUGUAUUGCUGGCUACAUCCUUGGGUUAUUAUACUAUUUUGCUCUCAAGUCUAAACUUCAAAAAUGAGGGAUGUGCUAGAUCAUUCUGAAAUCAAGAGAUAUGCUACAUCAACUCUAGAUUUGUGCAUGAACACUAAAAUCAAGGGACAUUCUUUAUGAUAAACAUUUUGCAACCCUGAGGCCUCCUAUGGAAACUUCCAGACUUGAAGCAAUGCUGCCCAAUCAGGACAGUGAUUUUCUACAUCUCUUUUCUACAAAAACACUUUUAAGUACUACAAAAAGGCAUUUAGCAAAGACCUUGAAGAAUCUAGGAUGUAAAUUUCCCACCCACUGGGAUAAAACCCAGCAACUAGUGAUUGGAAUAACUAGGAAUCUGUUCUUCUUUUCAAUUUAGGACUGCCAGAUCUCAAUUUUAAAAGUAAAGGUACUUCGUAUUUGUGAUAUUCAUACAAUGGAGUUCUACUGGAGCUGUAGCAUUCUGAAAUAACAUUUUGUUUUCCAUAGAAUGACAGUGUGUCUGUUUAAGAGGCAGCCCUUCAAAAUCAAUUUUUAAAAGCGUAUUUCUGGCAGUGCUACUUCAGACUUUGAGCAGGUGAUCUUGUACUCUUUGAAGAUAUAGGGGACAGUGCCCAGGAAAUAUCUAGAAACAAUGUGGAGUGCUGGCCAUCAGAUUUCCAGUCCAAGAUGUUAGAACUGCUUGUUUCUUUCUCAGACAUAAGAACAGCCCUGCUGGAUCAGGCCCAAGGCCCAUCUAGCCCAGCAUCCAGUUUCACACAGUGGCCCACCAGAUGCCACUAGAAGCCACAGGCAAGAUAUUUAUGCUCUGCUAAAGAAUGAGAUUAAACUAGUUCUUCAGCCUAUCACUGGAUUGCCGGGAGAUUCUAGAGCCAGCAACACUGAGGUAGGGUCUGAGAUCCUGAAGGGAUCUCAGGGCAGGCAAUGAAAGCAUCCAGGCUGAAUAUACCCUUCCCUGGAAAGGUGUUUUCUCUCCCUGUUUUAGAUAGCAACUAACUGGCCCCAGAUGGGAAAUGAGCUUCCAGCAGUCGUUUGGCUUUUAAUGCCCCAGCACAUGGCUCACUCCUGCUCCAUCCAUUUCUUACCUUAGUACCCUUAUAUAAUAGUCUUUUGGUGGUUCAGUUCUUUCAAGACUGUAACAUGAAAUGUUACCAUAUUAGAAGCUCCUUUUAAAGAUCAGCUGGACCAUUAAUAUCUAUUUUGUAUUUCCAUGUUUUGGAAACUGUCUUCCCUUCUGUCAUUACCAAAGAAAAUAUUCUUAACCUGCCUGGAGCUGAAACAUAUAGUUCUGAAACUUAUGAUUGCAUUGGUGGCAUGUGUACAAGAGGUCUUGUUUCUCUUUUGAGAAGAAGGUUAGGGCAGGCGAGAACCAGAAUGGCAUUAUAUCUUAAUUCUGCUUUGCAUAAUUAUGCUUGGGUUUGUAAAUUUGUGCAGGAUCUGUAUUGUAUGGUGCACCUGCCCCACAUCGGUCUGAGGAACAACUGGGAAUGUUAUCAGAAGGGAUUGUCCCACAUCACAUUUCUGUUUAAACAGCAGCCAUCAGUCUUUGUGCCAUUCAUUCAAGUGAGACAACAAUCAACUUGUGCAAAUCUACAAAGUCAGACACUGCUUGUUGUAAUUGUCAGGCAUUAGCCAGGCACACCAAAAAGAUCCAUGGAAAUCACUGCAAACAUUUUCUCUUUGAUUUACACUUGUAUGACAAAGUGAAAAUAAAUGGAGAAUUUUACCAUAGUGGUUGAUUCUACCUUGUUUGCUUAGUAUUUUCCACUUUAAUCCAUGCAAAUUGCAUAGGCUGUAGGGAAGCUCUAGCCUGACCUUUCUGACACAAUUGUAUUGAUGAAUCUGAAGCUUUACAAGAUCUGUGAUACAUUCAUUCUCUUAAUAAUCCAUCACAGUGUUUGCUUUCCAGGAUGGUAUUUAUUACAUUUACUUUCUGGUUUACUGUUGUUUAGAAGUAGAUAUUGUAAAUUGUAUGCAAACAAACAUGAAAUCUAGAAGUCUUAAGUUAAGCACUCUAAUAUUUAAGAACUGCGUUGUAUUCCAUUUUAUAUCUUUGAUUAUAGAUGAUGUAUUCUUACUGUUUGGGACUUUCUGUUGCCGUUAUUGUUAUUAUUAUUUUAUUUUAAAAAAACAAGGCUCCACUCCACCCUGUACAUAUUUAUCCAAUCAUAAACCAAGUAGUCUUGCAUCCAU